CUAUUCUCUGGCUCAUUAGUAUUUGAGAAAGUUUCGACACGGUAGAAGAGGCCAAAGUCCGAAAUAACCGAGUUGAAUAGAAACAGUUAGGCUCACGAUACGGAAUUUACCUCGGGAAGGGAAACAUUACACAUUUGUCCAGCUACAAUGGUCCGACUUUCAAAAUCCAGCGUUAUUUUAUGGUUACCAUUCAUGCUAACUUUUUUACAGGUGGUGGCAGAUGGUGACAGUCAGAAACUGAGAAGACAAAAGAGAGAGUGGAUUAUUGCUCCUCGUAAACUAUAUGAAAAUGAGGAUUACCGAGGCCUAAAGUUCAUUGCUAAGAUUCAAUCAGAUAAGCAGUAUGAGUUACCGGUGUUCUACUCCCUGACGGGUCCUGGGGUAGAUCAGGAUCCGGUGGGCUUGUUCUCCAUCGACCAAAACAAUGGCAUGGUCCGAAUCCACGACAAACUGGACAGAGAGAAGAAGGACUCGUACCAUUUCAUCGGAAUGGCUAAGUACAACAAUGGAAAACGUGCUGAGACGGACAUUGACCUGCAUAUUGUUGUCCUGGACAGGAACGACUGCCCACCUGUGUUUUCAAUGCAGCAGAUUGGAGAAGUGUAUGAACACAGCGCAGUAGGCCAAGUUGUCAUGAAAGUGAACGUGACGGAUGGCGAUGAACCUGGCACUGAGCACACUCAGAUUAGCUUCAGCAUCGUGGAGCAGUCCUCCUCAGACAGGAUGUUCUCCAUGAACCACAAGACUGGAGAGAUCCUGGUCCUCCAGACCAGUCUGGACAGAGAGACACAAGACACAUUUACCUUGACGGUGAAGGGUACUGACAUGAAUGGAGCCGCAGGAGGGCUGUCUGGAACAGGACAAGUGGUGAUUAAGUUGCUGGACAUCAAUGAUAACAUACCCACGCUGGAGAAAGAAAGAUACGAGGGGAGCGUGAUGGAAAACACCAUCAGCAUGGAGGUGCUGAGGAUCAAAGCUGUGGAUCUGGACUUGAUGUACUCUGACAACUGGCUGGCUGUAUUCACCAUUGUGUCUGGCAAUGAAGCAGGCUACUUCCACAUCACCACUGAUUCCAAGACUAAUGAGGGCAUUAUCACUAUCGUUAAGGCUUUGGACUAUGAGGAGCUGAAGGUGUUGAACCUGGGGGUGAGUGUCUCCAACAAGGCAGAGUACAACUUUGGCUCUGUCAUCAGCACCCACCCCCGACCUAAGAUCUACUCCAUCAAGAUCAACGUGGUCAACCAGCUGGAGGGACCGCGCUUCCAGCCUGCCAUCAAGGUGGUGACCAUCUCCGAGGACAAGACCACGGUCUCCCUCAACAAGAUCAUCACCACCUACGCUGCCAUUGACAGUGACACCCUGCUCACUGCCACCAACGUGAGAUAUGCCAAACUAUAUGACAUAGACAACUGGCUGAUCAUCGAUGAGAAGACGGCAGAUAUCAGAUUAAACAAAUGGCCCGACCGAGAGUCCAAGUUUGUGGUUAACGGAACCUACACAGCCAAGAUAGUCUGCAUCACAAACGAAGUACACGCCAAAACGGCCACAGGGACAAUUGCCAUCCAGGUGAAGGACUUCAACGACCACUGUCCUACCCUGACCAGCACAUCUCAGACCAUGUGCCAGGGGACCAACAUGGUUUACGUCACAGCCGAGGAUGGGGACGCCUUCCCCAACGGAGCACCCUUUAACUUCCGGGUGAUUCAGGCAGGCAACAAGGAGAAGUGGACCAUAGAGCGUCUUAAUGACACCACUGCGAUCCUGCGAGACCACGCCUCCCUGUGGCCUGGGGACUACAGGGUUGCCCUGGAGAUCCCGGACCAACAGGGCAAGGUCUGUGGGGACGUCCAGUGGCUCGACGUGGUGGUGUGCACUUGCGAUGCCGCCAACACGGCCUGUUUGGGGCGGUACACGGACAGAAGAACCACGUUUGGAACACUGGGUGUCCUCAUGCUACUCCUGGGACUGCUGCUUCUCCUGUUGCUGCCCCUCUUCUUGUUGUUUUGCCUGUGUGGAGGGGUGGCGGCCCUGGGAGACUUCAAGGCCAUCCCGUUCGACACCAAAGAGCACCUGAUCUCAUACCACACGGAAGGACAGGGAGAGGACAAGGAAGUCCCCUUGCUCAGGGUUCCUCUGGAGGUGGACCAUGGUUCCAUCAAUGCCGGGGACGUGAAGAAGUAUGGAGAUAAUCAGAGGCUUGAGCUAGGGGGGGGUGUGGGGAGUGGAGGAGCUGGAGGCGGCUUCACCUCCAUGUCCACGACAGACAUGUACGGUGAGAGUGAUUUCCACCAGCACAUGGUCAGCGGGCACGACCAUGUGGACGGCAAGGGUAUGGGUGUGGGCGGAGCCACCAUAGCAGGAGGGGAGCAGUUCUCCUCGUGGUACGAUGCAGGGUUAUAUGGUGGGAUCGCCCUGUCUGACAGCUUCCUGGAGGAGUACUACUCAAGUAAAGCCAACCAUGCAGCACAACAUUCACAACAGCAAGACGCCCCGAUGACCUACGACUACGAAGGUCAGGGGUCACUGGCGGGCUCGGUGGGCUGCUGCAGCCUCCUGGAGCACGACAACGACCUAGACUUCCUCAACGACCUGGGCUACAAGUUCAGGUCCCUGGCCGAGAUCUGCCGAGGGUCCAGCCUGGAGGCGGAACAGUCUGUGGGGGUGUCCGUUUGCCCCCCCAGACCCACCCCUUCCUCAGGCGCCCACAUUGAGACCUCCCUGGACACGUCUGCCAACCUCAACACCCUCACCAGCUCCGGACUGGACUCCUCCUCCUCCUCCACGCUCAUCAAGGAGAUGGUGCUCAGAGAGCAGGGGUCCGCCAGCCUCCCCAGGGUCCACGGCCAGGAGAGCAUGCUGGUCCCCAGCCAGACCCUCCUCAUCCAACAGCCCACCAUGUACUACACCUCCGCCCCGGCCCUGUACGUGGUCGAGCCCCAGCCUCAGGUGCUUCUGGUGGAUGCGAGGGGAGCAGGGGUCGGGGGCCAGGUGGGGGUGGGACAGGGACUGGUGCAGGUAGCAGGGCCGUACGGCUCCCAGCAGGGCAUGGUGCUGGUGGAGAGGCAGGUGGGGGGGAGUGGAGGGGCUCAAGUGCUCACCAGCACAGGCCAGGCUGUGAUAGGAGGAGGCCGUGUUGUGGCCGGGGGAAGCCACACCCUGUCAGGGGGGAGUCAGGUCUCACACAGGGUGGGGCAGACCGUGGUAAGGCCAGGGCAUUUUGCCACGGGUUCAGGCAUGUCACAGGGCAGCGUGAGUAGAUCCAAACAUGUCCAUGUGGUUGAGAGCAGCUCAGCAGUGGCUGAGGGCGGGGCCAGUUCUGCCGGCCUCACCUCGGGCGUGGCCCUGGGGGGUUCUGCUGAAGAGCACAGCCUGGAGGUCAGAGUUCCCCAUGUUGAGAUGAGGGCUCAGACUGGCUCCUCACUGGGCUCCAGCUCCCAGGCUGGAUUUGUGGGGUCAGACGAGGACUCUGCUCUCAUGGCUGCUGCAGGCUCCCUGGGCAGCCACACAGUGCUGGUUCAACACAAGGAAGUGUUAGUCACAGAGCGGAAUGUGGAAACCACCUCCACUGCCUAAACCACCCGCCUGUAUUGGCUGUAUUGUCAAUGAUCAGGAAGAUAAAGUAAAAGAGGAGCAGAGAGAGAGAGAGAGAGAGAGAGAGAGAGAGAGAGAGAGAGAGAGAGAGAGAGAGAGAUGCACACACUAAAGCAUAAAUGUGUAAUAUGUAAAACAAUUGUCUACUGUUCAACACUACUGUUGAGGUGAUGUUGUUGUACUGCACAAAAAUGGCAUGGUUAGUUAGUCAGUGUGUGUGGUACCUUUGGUGCCCAGAUAAAACUCCUGUCCUGAAUGUUUUUUGAAAACUAAAGUUGAAAGGAAUUACUUACCCGAGCUCUCUUGCUUCACCCAGCUUGUGUUUACCCCUUUCAUAGAUAUAGAUUUGAAUUAGAACCUUAUCCAUGGGAAAGCGACACUAUUUCAGUUUGCACUAAUCACCAAACAUGAAAAAUAUAUAAAAAUGUGUUAGGGUGUUAUUGGGUUUACGCACUAAUAAAGCAAAGUCAUAAGAUUAAUGUUGUUCAACUGUGACACAUUUUCAUGUAACUGAUGUCAUUAAUGCCAACUUAAAAUGAUUUAAAUGGUAGCCCAUUUUGUACAUGGAAUGGAAUUCAACUGGAGCUAAACUGUCAAAAACCGAGCAAUAGUUUUUGUAAAUAUAUGUCUAUGAUCUAUUUUGUAAAGUCAAUGAUUUAUGCUUUUUUAACAAUGAAAAAAUAUAAUUGGGGAAUACAUUUGUAUACAUAUUUACUUUGGAUGAGUAAAAGUAAGAUUAUGUGGGGAAUCUAUUUAGGAUGGGCUACUGCUAUGCACUGAUAUACAUGAAUAUUGUUAACAUUGCUACAAUUGUUUAGCAAAUGCUCACUUUCAAGAUUUUAUGUCUAAUGUAUUUUCGAUGUAUGUACUUUUUUUUAAAUCCAAAAGCAAGGCGUGUGCUCACUUUGUGUGUUCUGAUGGGCGUGGCCUCAAAUUGGAUCACAUUAGCAAGCCUAUAAUAGGUCCAAAUAAAUUUGCAAUGUAUCAUC